GUUGUCACUGGGUGUGCCAGCAAGCAAGGUUCCAAUAGCUAACAUGUCUCCCAAGGCUGACGUCACCGAGCUGGAACCUUUCUACUAUGGCCAAAUUCAAGGUGAUGCCUCUCUGGGACGUGAAGUCAACCUACAUACCUUCACUUGCCAUAUUUGUAAUGAAGUUUAUGAUAAUAAUUUGGAGUUUUACACUCACUUGAAAUUCCAUCUUUGGUGCUCCUCUGAUCCUAAGUACAAAUUCUGCUGCGCCUAUUGUACUGAACAUUUUGAAACUUCAGAUAAGAGGGAUUAUCACCAUAAAAUUCGGCACAUGCAGAUGGAUUCCAGAUACACCUGGUGCAGAAUAUGUUCUGAGUACUUCCCUGGAGAGUACCAGCUGGUUAAUCACAUGGCCAAGAAGCAUUAUGAGAGUGAGCUGCCUUAUCGAUGUGAUGUAUGUCACUUUGCAACCUCAAUUUAUUUCAGUGUCAUUGACCACUUCAAUAAAGAACACAAGGAUACACCAUACGUACAGUGCCACUUCUGCCUCAACGUUAAGUUCAUCACUGCUGCAUCUGCUAGUACUUUCUCUCAACGCAUGUUCCAGCAUUUGCAGAAACAUAUUUCUCAACAAGGCAAAUGCAAGCUUUGUGUGCUGUCCUUCUACAGUAAAUACCUUCUUGAAGAGCACAAAAAAAAAGACCAUGCCAGUUGUGUGCAAGUUAGAGGUCUACAGCGUUACAAAGUGCCUGCCGGCCAGACUCGCAUCAUGUUCAGACCAUGGGUGCAACGGUCUAACACGUCGGGUAAUAACUCCAAUGUAACCUUUUAUUCAAGCACUCGACAAUAUUCUCUUGUGGCAAUCUCAUCAACGGUGGAAGUGCUGACAAACUUAACAAUAAACACAGGAGACGAAGACCGUAGCUAUUAUUGCAUUGAGUGUGAUGCAUGCCUCACCCUGGAAAAUCAUUUCAAAGCUUAUCUAAAGUGUACUAAAUGUAACUAUGCAACUUGUUGCCGAAAUAUGAUCAGCAAACAUUCCCAAAUAUUUCAUCCAACUGGAAGAAGCAAACGAGGCUUAUACAAUAUUGGUCCACCAAUUAUUCUUCCUAAAAAAUUGUUCUGUAUAUGUGGAUUCAGCACUCGCAGCGGCAACCACCUAGCGCGUCACCUCUCUGUGUGUGAAGGUGGGAGGAAGUCUGCAUAUCCGUCAGUGUCAGAUGCCAUGGUGUACCACGGAGAUCCCAUUACUGGCGGGGCACUCUCCCUGGCUAAUCUUGGCCUCAGCAACAUUGCUAUAAGUGGUAUUCUGCCAGGAGCAUCACUGCCUCCAACAACAUCUGAUGGUGCAGCACGUGACUCAAACUUAGACAUGGCUCACUUCAUGAGUAUGAGUAUGGAAGUGGAUGAAGGUUGAAACUUGUAUAUUAGUUGUGAUAACAAAGUUAAGGUAUAGAAAAGGCCCCUACAUGAACUCAUACAGUCUUUUAUUUUUUAACCUCUGCUAAUAAGAUAUAUUGUUCUUCAGAAAUUUAUUCUAAACAAAUCAUUAAAUUUAAGUUGUAUAUUAUUUUAGGUGGUCUUAAUUCAGUUGAACUGUAGUCUUACCAAGUGAUUGGUAUUCCAAUUGUAUAUAAAGUAGCUACAUUUUAUACUACAGCGAUCAUAAUAAUGAUCAUAAUAAUGAUCAAUACAUAAAUUGUAAUUUUCUUUCACUGGAAGUAGCUACAUUUUCUUUUACAAAAAUGAAUGUUUACUUUUGAAGCAUAUUGCCUAUAACUACUUUUUUAUAAGAGAAAUUCUAUUAAAAUGAAAAAGAACUUUUGUUAAUCAGCUUUUGGAAUGGUGAGCAUUUACUAAUUUUAUAGGAAAGAUGAGUUAUUAUUGUGAUUUUGAUGCAUUGGUAUCCGGUGCUCUUAAGAUUUUUGUGAGACUUCAAUAUUUCAUUUUUAUUAUGUUUAAAAUAAAAUUUAUCUUGUAGAUAAA